GGGCGCGCGCGCGGGCGAACGGAGUUGAGGCUGGGGCUUGCUGCUCUGGGUACGCGUAGGCGUCCGGCUUUGAAAUGCAGCGGGAUUUAGUGAGUUUCCCGCUGUCCCCAGCGGUGCGGGUGAAGCUGGUGUCUGCAGGUUUCCAGACUGCUGAGGAACUCCUAGAGAUGAAACCGUCCGAGCUCAGCAAAGAAGUUGGGAUAUCUAAAGAGGAAGCCUUAGAAACUCUGCAGAUUUUAAGAAGAGAAUGUCUUACAAUUAAAUCAAGAUACACUGCUACAGCUGAGUCAGGCAAGAAUUGUACAGCACUGGAACUUCUUGAGCAGGAGCAUACCCAGAGCUUCAUAAUUACCUUCUGUUCAGCACUAGAUAAUAUUCUUGGGGGUGGAAUACCCUUAACCAAAACAACAGAAAUUUGUGGUGUACCGGGUGUUGGAAAGACACAAUUAUGUAUGCAGUUGGCAGUAGAUGUGCAGAUACCAGAAUGUUUUGGAGGAGUGGAAGGUGAAGCAGUUUUUAUUGAUACUGAAGGAAGUUUUAUGGUUGAUAGAGUGGUAGACCUUGCUACUGCCUGCAUUCAGCACCUUCACCUUACAGCAGAAACACAUAUGGGAGGGGAGCACCCAAAAGCUUUGGAGGAUUUCACUCUGGAAAAUAUUCUUUCCCAUAUUUACUAUUUUCGUUGUCGUGACUAUACAGAGCUGUUGGCACAAGUUUAUCUCCUUCCAGACUUCCUUUCAGAACACUCAAAGGUUCGAUUAGUGAUAGUGGAUGGUAUUGCUUUUCCUUUUCGUCAUGACCUAGAUGACCUAGCCCUUCGUACUCGAUUACUAAAUGGCCUAGCCCAGCAAAUGAUCAGCCUUGCAAAUAGCCACAGAUUAGCUGUACUUUUAACUAAUCAGAUGACAACGAAGAUUGAUAGAAAUCAGGCCUUGCUUGUUCCUGCAUUGGGGGAAAGUUGGGGACAUGCUGCUACAAUACGGCUAAUCUUUCAUUGGGACCAAAAGCAAAGGUUGGCAACAUUGUACAAAUCACCAAGCCAGAAGGAAUCUACAGUACUGUUUCAAAUCACACCUCAGGGAUUUAGAGAUGCUGUUGUAUCUUCUUUGCAAACAGAAGGUUCACUGAAUUUCCGGAAACGGUCACGAGAAUCAGAAGAACAGGAAUCCAAAGACUAGUCUUAAAGUAUACAUAUGUGUUGAUGCUGUGAGAUGUAAUAUAUACAAGUAGUAGACUCUUUAUUUUAAAAUAUAAACACAUACUGUGGCAUAUAUGAAUCAAGAGCAUAUGAAGUGAAUGUGAAAAACAUUAAAUGAGUAUGAUUCUCUGAAUUUUUCUAAAGCAGUUCUACAAUUAUAUUUUGCCCUGUUUUCACUUUUAGUAACAGCAGAGAUAAUGCAGGUAUUGUAUUUUUGCAAGUGUGGAAAGCUGAUCUCAUGUAGCCAAUCUGAAUUUACCAUUCAGAUUGUUUUUGCCUUUUUCUUUGCUAGUUGCCGAGAAAAUCCUAGGAAGAAAAGGUUUGUUUUUCUUUGUUUUUUUUCACAUUCCUAUUGGGUUUUUCUCUUUAAAUGUAGAUUUUUUUUUUUUUAAAGAUUUUAUAUAUUUGAGAGAGAGAGAGUGAGAGAGGGUACACAAGCAAGGGGUAGUGGGAGAGGGAGAAGCUGGCUUCCCUUGGAGCAGGAAGUUCUGGGCUAGAUCCCAGGACCCUGGGAUCUUGACCUGAGCCAAAGGCAGACACUUAACAACUGAGCCACCCAACUGUCCCUAAAUGUAGUUUUGAUAAUUCUUAAAAAUGACCUGGUUGUGAGCCAUCUCUUAGUUGACAUCAUGGCCGCCCUCAGACCUUUGGUGAACCCCAAUACCGUUAAAAAGAGAAUCAAGAAGUUCAUCCAGCACCAGGCAGACUGAUAUAUCAAAAUUAAGCACAAUGGCGAAAACCCAGAGUCAUUGACAAUAGGGUGCACAGAAGCGAGGGCUAGAUCUUGAUGCCCAAAACUGGUUACAGGAGCAACAAGAAAACAAAGCACAUGCUGCCCAGUGGUUUCUCAAGUUCCUGGUCCACAGUGUCAAGGAGCUUGAAGUGCUGCUGAUGUGUAGCAAAUCUUACUGUGUGGAGAUUGCUCACAGUAUAUCCUCCAAGAACCACAAAGCCACUGGAAAGAGCAAUCCUGCUGGCCAUCAGAGUCACCAGUCCCAAUGCCAGGCUGCGCAGCGAAGAAAAAGAAUAGACAGUUUAUGUGCAUGUCGUAUUUGUGUUCAUAAAACUACAAAAAAAGAAAAAGGCUUGUUUUUAGUAUUAUAAAGAAAAGCCAGCACCAUGAGUCAGCAUAUUAUUGUAUUUAGUUUUAAUGGUAGGAUACAAAUUUUAGUAGUGACCCCCAUCCUAAUUUAGUGACCCUAAUCCCCAAAUCCUAAGCCAUUUAUUUAUUUUUUAUGUUACUUUAUGUUAAGGGAAGGACUUGGAGCUGUUACCUUAUCUAGAAAUUGUCUAGAAUGUUCAUCUUCCAGAAUACUCAAGUUGAUAAUUAUUUAUUUCUACAUUUUGGAAACAUGGUGUGAUCCAUUCUAGAAUUCUAGAUGUAUUGACAUUUUCCUUUGAAUAUUCUUAAAACUUGGAAUAAAUUAAGAAUUUGGAUUCUUGAGUAGUUUUAAAAUUAUCUAAAAAUAUUUUGGCACCUGAUUCUUCUUAGUAUUUCUCCAUUCAUUCACAAAAUUUACUGUGGUUUUCAGUGGAAGAAAAUUAUUUAAAUAAUUCAAUAUCAUAUACUAUGACAACCAUGUUCUCCAGAUUUAGUGAUACUUGGUAUUUCCAGUCCCAGACUGACCAUUAAAUGAAUAAAAUUUUAAAAAUAUAA